AUGAUGCGACUUCUAUGUCUUCUUGUUUUUGUCCUCCAAGAUGCUACUCAUGCGGCAAAUCCCCUAGUGAUGAACUGGUCAUCACAGGCAUACGGCCCAGACGGUCCAUGGCAAGCCGUGAGGAUAGCAGUGGGCAGCAAUAAACAAUCAGUCGAUCUUUAUCCCGGCGCCAAUGGGGCCACCACCAUCUUCGCCGACUCGAUUUGCUCGAACACAACCCUCUCGACAACAUGUUACGCAGCACGCGCCGGCACGUACAACCAGAGUGAAUCAACCACGGCGGUGGCCUUGAACCGAAGCGCAUGGGAGACCUCUUAUUGGAGCGUACAAGGAGGAAGUAUACAGGGUUUCGUUGGUGAUCAGGUCGAGGUUGGCUCUGUUAUCCCAAAUGUCAGCUUCAAGACUGUUUAUCAAACAUAUCAGACCUAUCCCAAUGGCAAGAGUUAUCCGGUCCCGGUUGGAAAUUUGGCCUUGGGUGGACUGCAGUUAAAAGAUGUGGCCUCAGGACUAAGUCUGAACACGAUCGCAGCGUGGCUAUACACCUCCGGAGGAGACAGCAGCAUUCCAUCUUACUCUUACGGACUGCACAUCGGGUCUGUAGAGCCAGCUAUUCCAGGAUCUCUGGUGCUGGGCGGAUUUGAUAAAAGUCGAGUCCUUGCUGAAGUGAGUUCACAGUCAGUAAGCCUGUCGUCUUAUUCUAGUGGUAUAUGGCAGAUUGUAUUGAAGGAUAUCGGACUGGGUGUUGCGACAGGAGGCUCGCCGUUCGGCUUUACGAGCAAGAAUGGGCUGUUCAUGCAAAGCAAUGGCGCCGCGCUACCCAAGUCAGUCACGAUUGACCCUACAAAGCCUUAUAUGUAUCUUCCCGAAGCCACCUGUGACGCGAUCACUUCGUCGUUUCCCGUCUCGUUCAACAGUGGCUUGGGCCUAUACAUCUGGGACACGACCAACAGUAAAUAUGCGAAUAUCACGUCCUCCGCGACAUAUCUAUCCUUCGUGUUCAAUAAAGAUGGUCUCAGCGAUCAAACGAUUACAGUUAAGGUUCCCCUGAGGCUGCUCACGCUUACGCUGCAAGACCCACUGGUCGACCGCAACGCAACUUAUUUUCCCUGUUUCCAUUCAACUGAUACCCCGGUUCUCGGCCGGCCCUUUCUUCAGGCUGCAUUUGUUGGUGUCAAUUGGUUCGAAGGGAACAACACUGGUACAUGGUUCUUGGGCCAAGCGCCAGGCCCAGGUCUUCCUGAGGCGGAUAUAACAACCAUUAAUGUCGCGGACGCCACUCUUGCCGCAUCGAACACCUCCUGGGAAGAGAGCUGGGCUAAAUAUUGGCGUCCUUUACCAGAAUACGGCUCGAAUAGCUCCACCAGCUCUAAUAGUGGUCUUUCUACAGGGGCAAAAGCUGGGAUUGGAGUUGGGGUUGGAGUGGCGGGAGUUCUUCUCAUUGCUGGAGGAGUAUGGGUCGCGGUGCUGCGACGCCGCGGCCGUCAGCCUGUGGCCGUGGAGGAAAGGAGGGCCGUCUUUCGAGGAUUUGCUGAAUUACCUGCGUCAAAGAAGCCGGAUGCGUAUCCAAGAGAAUUGGGCACAAAAGAGGAUGUGCAGCCGCAAGAAAUGGUGGGCUCACAAGAACCACGGCAUGAACUAGAGUGA